AAUAGGUAUGACAGUGUCUGUGGAAGAGGAUCUGGUAGUGAUCGCCCGCAUACUGGCCGGCAGUCUCAUCGACCGACAGGGUUUGCUACACGUGGGCGACGCUAUACUGGAGGCCAACGGCGUGGAGAUAACGAGUCCGGAACAGCUUCAGGACGAACUCCGCCGAUGCAAAGGUGGCAUCACUUUGAAGGUCUCGCCCUCGAGUCGAGACAUCGCUCAGCCGUCCGUUUGCUAUAUGCGAGCGCUGUAUGGCUACGACCCGACCGAAGACAGUCUACUGCCGUGUCGUGAAGUGGGUCUGGCCUUCAAACAGGGAGACAUUCUCGAGAUCGUCAACACUGAGGACCCCAACUGGUGGCAGGCGAGGAGUGUCGACGCGCCCAACACUCACGCCGGACUCAUCCCCUCCCAGGAGUUGGAGGAGAGGCGCCGCGCGUUUGUGCGCCCGGAGUUUGAUUACGCGACCCGAACCUCCAUUUGCGGCACUAAAAUCACCAAAAAGAAGAAGAAAGAGAUGUAUCAGCUCCAGGCCAACGCGGACUUCGAUAAGGCAGAGCUGUUGCUGUACGAAGAGGUGUGUCGGACGCCGCCGUUUGAGCGCAAAACACUGGUUCUGGUGGGCGCUCAGGGCGUCGGUCGCCGUACACUCAAGUCUCGUAUGAUAGCUUACGAUACGGAACGGUUCGCCACACCUCUGCCCCACACCUCCCGUCCCAUCCGUGAGGGAGAACAGGACGGAAAGCAAUACCAUUUCGUGCGCAGAGAUAUCAUGGAAGCGGAGAUCGCAGACAAUAAAUACCUAGAGUUCGGCGAAUUCCAGGACCACCUCUACGGCACCCGAUUGGACUCAAUUCGCGCCAUCAUUAGAUCCGGAAGAAUGUGUGUCAUUGACUGCAAUCCACAGAGUCUGAAAAUGUUAAAGACGGCAGAGUUUAUGCCAUACAUAGUGUUUUUGGCGGCACCACCUCUGGAUCAGUUGCGUUAUAUGCAUGAGUACGGCCGCCAUCAAGGACUCGGAGGCUCUCGUUAUCAAACGUUUGACAGAGCGCUGGGCCGUCACAGUUCCCGACGGGUGCGGACUCUGCAGAGUUUGGCCUCGUUUUACGAGGACGAAGACCUACAGGUGACCGUCGAAGAGAGCGCUCGACUCCAACGCGCUUACGAUAAAUACUUCGAUCAAAUCAUCGUUAAUAACAAUUUUGAGAAAACGUUUGAACAGUUGAGGGAUGCGGUCGACUCACUCACUAUACAGCACCAGUGGGUGCCUAUCGAUUGGGUCUAUAGUGAUGACUGAGUGGACACAUCUGUAUAUCCGGUGUUUAUCUCACAAUUAAAUCGUUUUUUAGGAUUUAUUUGUGAAAUAUAGCGAAAUAAUGAGAACUUCAUUCCCAUUACAUUCCCAAUUGAUUUAUAGUAUUAAUUGCAAAACACAAACAAAUCAUUGACAACAAUAACAUUCCCUAUUGAAUACAUUAUUUACAAUUUUAAUCGAUUAAUCAAAGCAAUAAUUGUAUUGCUUUUUAAUAAUUUAUAAGAUCUUAAUUAACUUUCCAAACAAUUUAUAUUUCACUUUUAACGAUGACUUACGAUCUGAAUUAGCCU